GGUAAAGUUGCUGGCUUUAUUGGGGUUUCUCUUUUAAGGGGAAGGGAAGAGGUAAAAAAAAAAUUGUUUUUCUUCUUUGUUUCAGCUCGAUCUUUUGGUUCUAAGAUCAGUUUUUGCUCAAAGGAAGUUUGUGCAACUGUUUAAGGCCAAAGGAGCACCUUUGAAUCCAUCUCUAAACCUUUUGAAGAAGAUCUUCAGGUUUAGUGGGAGCACUUUGUCAUGGAUCAAGAAAUAUUAUUGACCAAUGUGAUUCUCAAUCCAGUUGAAACACCAAACUUGCCAAGCUCUCCAGUGUUUGCCACUGAUGCUAAUCCACCUUUCAUAGAUCUGUCUGAUGAAGACUCUGCUGAUUUGAGCAUCUGGAGCUCAGGUGGACCAAGCUCCAGCCAGCAUUCAAUAGAUCAAGUUGCUCAUGGUGGGCCCAAGAUGGAGCAUAGCUGGGCCCCUUCUUUGACAAUUAAUGGGAUACAGGGAUCAAGGACAGAGGAAAGGCCAUUGGAAUUUACCAAUGUGCUUCCCAUGGAAAAUGUGAAUUUAAAUCUAAACAACGAUCCAGUGGAUGAUGGUCACUCGUUCUCACAAAAUCCUGGUUUCCUUCAAAACUCAGACCACAAUUUGGUUCAUGGAAUUGGUCAAUUUUCAGCUCCUUCUAGUGCUGGCUCAUCUGGUUCUCUUCAUGUUAUCUCAUCAGGUAGUUCUUCAAAUCCCUCGGGAAGUGGAAAUUCAUUAGAUUGUCGGCGUUUGUCCUGCAAGAGGAAAAGCAUUGAACAGUGUUCUUCAAGUGGAAGCCCGAGUUGCCUUUACCAAGGGGAGAGUAGUUUGAUGCGUCCUUCUUUUCAUCAGAGUGCUAAUACUACUUUAAGUAUAAAUCCACCUGGAGAGCAGCUGAACUCAAGAAGUGGUAAUACUACUUUAGGAAACACAGAAGGCUCACAGAGAAAUUGUCGGAUCAGGAUCAACCCCCCACAAACUGUUGUUUCCCCUCAUAGCCAGUGGAACCCAGGAAAUAAUCUUAUGACCUCUGAUCUUUUUUCUACUCGUCAAGUAUCCAAUCAGUUUAUUCCAUCACAUCAAGCAGUUGACAGAGUAACUUCUUUGCAACUUCCUUCCUUAGUCCCGAACAUGCACCCUUUCCCUGUAAACAUAGCUUCUAGUUCAAGAACAGCCAGUUCUUCAAGAUCUCUAUCCAUUGCGGGGCAAAGUUCUAGUGCAUCCAGUUUACCGAGGAAUAAUAUUGCCCCUGAUAUGAGGCACUUGAUGCAACACUCGUCAAGUUUGAGUCUAGCUCCAACACCGCAAGCUAGAACGGGUCCACCGGUGGUUCAACCAUCUGGGCCUACCUGGAUUCCUCAUCAAAAUCCACCGACCCAAUAUCAACGGAGGUUGCCGGUGGUUGCUCGGCGGUCCUUGGUUCCUUCUGUGCCCUCUCGCUCAACUCAGGGCAUCAAUGCUCCCCCCCAAUCUUCUUCUGCUCCUUUGAAUAAUUUUCAAGAGCUUAGAAACCAAAGUAUUGCUGCUUUGCGACUUCAACAAUCGUACUUAAGAUCUGCAAAUGGUGUUCUUGCUGAUCUCUCAGCCGUCCGGUCUCUGGCGGCUACAAGGGAUAGGAGCAGGGUUUUAUCAGAGCAGAUUCGGAAUGCACUUGCAAGGAGGGGGGAACAUAUGCAACUCGAGGGAGUGCAGGGCGUGCUGUUGUUUGACCCGUCUGUACUUUAUGGAGGGGCUGCCGAGUUGCAUGAUAGGCACAGAGAUAUGAGACUUGAUGUCGAUAACAUGUCUUAUGAGGAGUUACUUGCACUAACAGAGAGGAUAGGAAACGUUAGCACUGGGCUCAGUGAAGAAACAAUUUUGAAGCACUUGAAGCAGUGGAAAUAUAUAUCCCUUACGGAGGAAAUACCCAGUGAAGUGGAGCCAUGUUGUAUUUGUCAGGAAGAAUAUGUGGAAGAGGACAAUGUUGGAAGACUGGACUGUGGGCAUGAUUUCCACACUGCUUGCAUCAAACAAUGGCUAACAAUGAAGAACUUGUGUCCAAUUUGCAAAACUACUGGCAUGAACACAUCAAAAGAAAGAUAGAUGAGAGGCACAUUGCUCCCAUCUAACCUCAGAUUGAAAGAGAAAUGGAAGGUUGAGGCAUUAACGAGUGAUGGCUUUCUUUGCCCCCCAAUAGAUUAUAGAGAAGCCCAUACUGGUUGGAUAAUACAUUCUUGCUUUAUUUUUAUUUAAUAUUUGUUGUCCUUUUUUUUUACUUGUCAUAUGGUAAUAUUAUUCAUUUUAUGGAAAUUCUUUGGCUUUUUUGCAUUUAA